CUCUUUGCAUUUCUCUCCUCACUUGCAGUACAUGAAGGCACAGGAAGUGAUUCCAGGGAAGGAGCGUGCUCUGCAAAGGUUGGUUCAGGACGAUUUAAAGACUGAGUACUCAAACCACACGUCAUGCAAAUGUGUGACAUAUCUGGGAUCCGAAUAUAGUUGGCCUUGGAAUCUUAAAGGAGAAAUGCUUGUCUGUUCUUCCUGUUUCAAAAUGUUUUAAACGUCACUGUGCCUGGGACAGCGAGAGUGCUCCAGUGAGGUAACUGUGGGAAGGAGCUUUAACUAUUUAUGCAGUUGCACUGACUGAAAGCACAUUUUGUUGAAGCAAUGUUUCUAUGUAAGGAUGGGGCUUUAGCUCAUUAUUGACCCUGGACAUACACAAGGACAUCUGCACCAUGGAGAAACCAUGGAAAUGUGAGGACUGUGGGAUCGGCUUCAAAGUUCCAUCUGAACUGGAGAUUCAUCGACGCAGUCACACUGGGGAACGGCCAUUCACCUGCUGCCAGUGUGAGAAGAGAUUUGUUAAUUCAUCCACCCUGCUGAGACACCAGAGGGUUCACACUGGGGAGAGGCCAUUCACCUGCUCUGUGUGUGAGAAGAGCUUUAGUCAGUUUUCCAGCCUUUUGAAACACCAGCGAGUUCACUCUGGGGAGUGGCCUUUCACCUGCUCUGUGUGUGGAAGAGGAUUCAGUGCCUCAUCCAGCCUGUUGACACACCAGCGGGUUCACACCGGCGAGAGGCCAUUCAACUGCUCUGAAUGUGGGAAGGACUUCAGUGAUUCGUACAGCCUGCGGAGACACCAGCGAAUUCACACCGGGGAGAGGCCGUUCACCUGCUCUGUGUGCGGUAAGGGAUUCGUUCAGUCAUCCGAGCUGCAGAGGCACCACGUCUCUCACACCAGCGAAAGGCCUUUUCGGUGCUCGGACUGCGGUCGCAGCUACAAAACCUCUCGGAACCUGAUGCUGCACCAGCGAAUUCACACUGAGGAGAGACCGUUCAGCUGCUCUCACUGUGCAAAGAGAUUUAUAACCUCGUCCAACCUCCGCAGACACCAGCGUGUUCACACAGGGGAGAGGCCGUUCGUCUGCUCUGUGUGUGGGAAGGGAUUUAGUCAGUCAUCUGGGCUGCGGAAGCACCAGCGAGUCCACAAAUGAUGACAGUGCUCGGCUUCUGCUGUUAUUGCGUCUGUUGAUCACAACCGGGACUGAACCAUGCUCAACCUGAAAGGGCGGUCAGCACUGUUAUCUCAGAGUCAGGAGAUGGUGGAUAGGAGAGCCACUCCAGAGACCCACAUCAUCCACCAUUCCAUGUUCAACGUUCCCGGUGGUGGUGGAUCAUUUCACGUGAGACUUUGCUCAGCUGAUACUGAGUUGGAGGCAGGGGCCAUCUUGUAAGGGCGGGGUUGGAUUGGUUAGGCCUGUAUCCAUUGGAGCUUAGAAGAAUGACAGGUGACCUUUUGCAACAUGUGAGAUCCUGAGGGGUUAGAGUUAGAAUCUCUUCAAUCCCUUCGGCCCCACAAGUCCAAACUGACCCUCCGAAGAGCAUCCCACCCAAACCUAUUCCCCAUUACUCUACAUU